AUGAAGUUCAACCCCUUCGUUACCUCAGACCGCAGCAAAAACCGCAAAAGCCACUUCAAUGCGCCCUUGCACAUGCGCAGGAAGAUUAUGUCUUCCCCACUCUCCGAGGAGCUGCGGCGGAAGUACAGCGUCUGCUCCAUGCCCAUCCGCAAGGACGACGAGGUCCAGGUGGUUCGAGGACACUACAAAGGUCAGCAAAUUGGCAAGGUGGUCCAGGUGUACAGAAAAAAAUAUGUCAUCUAUAUCGAGCGGGUGCAGCGUGAGAAGGCUAAUGGGACAACUGUGCAUGUGGGCAUUCACCCGAGCAAGGUGGUUAUCACCAGGCUAAAGCUGGACAAAGAUCGGAAAAAAAUUCUCAAAUGCAAAGCCAAAUCUCGACAGGUUGGAAAAGAGAAAGGCAAAUAUAAGGAAGAACUUAUUGAGAAAAUGCAGGAGUGA